GCCCGGUGGGUGGGAGCGGGAGGAGAUGGAGGGAGGGGAUGGAGGGAGGCGGGGCACGGGGACUGAGAGAAAAGGCUGACAGCCGCAAGUCGCCGCGGGAAGUUAGAAUAGACUCCGCAAAGCACCAGAAAGGAGGACCAGGGUGACUGAGGUGAAGGCAUGUGGCAGCUGCUGAUCCUGCUGGCCCUGUGGCUGGGCACAAUGGGCUUGGGCAGGGCUGAGCUCACAGCAGCCCAGCACCAGGGCCUGCAGGUGGCCCUGGAGGAAUUCCAUAAGCACCCGCGAGUGCAGUGGGCCUUCCAGAAGACCAGUGUGGACAGCGCCAUGGACAAGCCCUCCCAGGCGGGGACCUUUGUGAGGCUGGAAUUUACGCUCCAGCAGACAGGCUGUGGGAAGAAGGACUGGAAGAGAACUGACUGCAAGGCCAAGCCCAAUGGGAGGAAGCGGAAAUGCCUGGCCUGCAUCAAGCUGAACCCUGAGUUUAAAGUCCUGGACCGGAUGGUCCACUGCCCCAUAGAGAUGCAGACUCGACAGAAUUCAAUCUUGUUUUCCGGACAGCUGUGGGAUGUAACCAGUGAGUCAGCCCAGGGAGAUCAUCUGAUGACCCCCAAAUUAAUAAAACUGCUCUCAGAGCUGUUCUCUCCUCCCCUGCUUUGCGCACUCUUCUCCCCUCAGCUGGCUGGUAGGGUGGGGAGUGAGGAGAGGCUGGGCAGCUCACAGGAGAAAGCAGGACACCCAGAACGGGGGAGGGGCUUGUGUGCUCCUCCUUCCCACAGGAGACCGGAGGUGGCAGGGAUCAUCUUGCUCUCAGGAGCUCAUGCCCAUAUGAAAUGACGGGCACUGAUGCAA